GGAUAAACUCCUUAUCAAGUAUUAAAAUAGAGGAGGAAUAACUCAGCGAGGAGGGCCGGUCGACCAUCUACGCUAACCCUAGCGUUUCCGCUGCUACCGUCGCCAACGUCUCCGGCCGAUCACCUCUUCUUUGUCCCUGCCGCGGGCCGCCAUCUCCCUUUCCUGAAGAACUGGCACCCCCGGGAGUCUGUUGAAUUGGGUUCCUAUAUCGAUCGAUCGAUCGAUCGAUAUGGCAACUGAAUCAAAGACUAGUGCUGCCCGCAAAGUUGGUCCGAUGGUUCCUCCAGCUGAGAUUUUGCAUAAGGCUUCUCAAUUUAAACGCUGGGGCAGGAAAUAUCCCUUCCUUCGAUAUGGUCUUCCACUCAUUUCCCUUACAGUGUUGGGAUCUGUUGGUCUUGCGCAUCUCAUACAAGGCAGCAAAGAAGUAAUAAAAGAAAAAGAUGAUCUGGAAUGGGAGAUUAUCGAAACAACAAAAGCACUCACUCGAACCGGCCCCAAGGACAGCUACAAGCCUAGCAAGCUCUCUUUGGAGGAGGAGCUUAAGGCUCUGCAACAAAAGAUUGACAUCAGCAAUUAUGAGUACAAGAGAAUUCCCAGACCAAAUGAAGGGAAAGAUAGCAAGAAUUGAGUAAAACAAACAUGGUCAGCAUCUUCUUUUGUAUGGUGUAAUCUGUGUUGGCUUUUAAUAAGUGUCAUGUUUUUUUGCUCCUAAUGUUUGUAGGUCCACUAUUUUGAAAUGUUCUUUUCCCUUUUAUUGUAAAUGUUGAAGACGCUAACAAUAAUCAUGAAAUUUUUCCAUCAGUGGAGAGUCACAAUAACCCCUGAAUGGUAGAUUAACUAGAAA